UACUUGGAUUGCUAUUAGCCUCCAAAUUCCGUUCUCAUCGCUGUGGUUUACAAGCCUCCAUGUCAUCUCUCUUUUGUUUUUUUGUUUGUAUUUUCUUUCUUUUUGAUUUUGCAGCGAGGAAAUCCAUCGUAUAAUUUGAAGGUCGAUUUGAAAAUUCGAGCUCUUUAUUGAUUCUGAUGGUCACUUUAUGGAAUCAGUAAUAAAUAAGUGGAAAGGAAGACGACAAGGAGCAAAAAGUUGAAGAAGAAUAUGGCGUUAUGGAAUUUGGAUGUCUGCAUUUAAGAUCGAUGUGGCUGCAUGGGUGUGGCGCAUCGGGCAGAUAGCGGGAAAGUUUUCUGCGCCUCUGCUUCUUUUUCCAUUCAUUUGUCAACUCCAUUGCUCCAUUCACAUACUUAUUUUCUUGCCAUUAAUACCUGCAAUUUCUCUAUUCACUAGAUUUUUGGAUUCUCUCUGUUCUUGUUUUUCGUUGCGCUUCCUAGAUUGACUCAUCAGCAACAUCAGAACCCAGAUUGAGAUUUAACCCUUGGUUUUGGUUAAUCUGUUUGAAGUCCGUGAAGGCAAGAGAAGAACGGCUAUUUCAGCUGUUUCUGAUCGUUUUACUGUUUGAUUGAACGUCUUCUUGCGGGUUUUUGCAGAGCUGCAAUGGCGAUUUGUAUACCUAUUGGGAGCUGCAAACUGUUCUGCAGGGCGGUAGAUUUGAAGUUGCAAGGUUGUAAAAGAGCCCAAUGGGACGCUAGUAUAGCUUUCAAAAGUUGCUUGCAGGAUGCGUUUUCACGGUCAUAUGGGUUAAGAAAGUUCUCACAUGUACGAAGAAGCAAGACUUCCUCACCUACAAUUAAUAAGAAAUGGAGAACUCCGACGACAGUCACUUCGGCGUGCUUGAGUGGCGGUUCAACAAAGUAUUUUGACUUUAUUGUUAUUGGUAGCGGAGUUGCUGGCCUUCGUUAUGCUCUUGAAGUUGCAAAACAUGGAUCUGUAGCUGUGAUCACCAAGGCUGAACCUCAUGAGAGCAAUACAAAUUAUGCUCAAGGAGGUGUUAGUGCUGUUCUUUGUCCUUCAGAUUCUGUUGAAAGUCAUGUGCAGGAUACCAUCGUCGCCGGGGCUCAUCUGUGUGAUGAGGAGACAGUUAGAGUUGUAUGUACAGAAGGGCCUGACAGAAUCAAAGAGUUGAUUGCUAUGGGUGCUUCAUUUGACCAUGGGGAAGAUGGUAAUUUGCAUCUAGCAAGGGAAGGGGGACACUCUCAUCGUAGGAUUGUUCAUGCCGCAGAUAUGACUGGAAGGGAAAUCGAGCGGGCUCUUUUGGAGGCCGUUGUCAGGGAUCCAAAUAUUUUUGUGUUUGAGCACCAUUUUGCAAUUGACUUACUUACUUCCGAGGAUGGUUCUGACAUAGUUUGUGUUGGUGUUGAUACUUUGAAUGCUGAAACAUUGGAGGUUACACGGUUUAUUUCCAAGGUAACUUUACUUGCCUCAGGUGGAGCUGGACACAUGUAUCCAUCAACAACGAAUCCCCUGGUUGCCACUGGAGAUGGAAUUGCCAUGUCUCAUCGAGCUCAAGCUGUAAUUUCCAACAUGGAAUUUGUGCAGUUCCACCCAACUGCCUUAGCUGAUGAAGGCCUUCCAGUUAGACUAGACAAGCCAAGAGAAAAUGCUUUUCUUAUAACCGAAGCGGUUCGGGGUGAUGGAGGUAUCCUGUACAAUUUAGGUAUGGAAAGGUUUAUGCCAUCGUACGACGAGAGAGCCGAGCUCGCUCCGAGAGAUGUGGUGGCUAGAAGCAUAGAUGACCAGCUGAAAAAGCGAAAUGAGAAGUAUGUACUACUAGAUAUUAGUCACAAGCCCAGGGAAAACAUUCUCUCCCAUUUCCCCAACAUUGCUGCUGAGUGCCUCAAGCAUGGUCUGGACAUUACAUGCCAGCCAAUUCCAGUGGUUCCGGCUGCUCAUUACAUUUGUGGGGGAGUUCGUGCGGGGCUUCAGGGGGAGACUAAUGUGCAGGGUCUGUAUGUUGCAGGUGAGGUUGCGUGCACGGGUUUACACGGAGCCAACCGUCUAGCUAGCAACUCAUUGCUGGAAGCUCUAGUUUUUGCACGAAGGGCAGUUGAGCCCUCUGUUGAUCAUAUGAAGAGCUCAAGUUUUGAUUCUCGUAUCUUGAAUAAAUGGGCUAGACCUUUCGUGCCCGUGUCCCUCGGAAACGAUUUCAUGAGCAGAAUCAUAUCGAUGACUAACGACAUAAGGAAACAGUUACAACUAAUCAUGUGGAAGUAUGUAGGAAUUGUUCGGUCGACCACGAGGCUCGAGACUGCAGAGCAGAAGAUCAGCAAGCUAGAAGCAACAUGGGAAGGGUACUUGUUUCAUCAAGGAUGGGAGCCAACCAUGGUGGCUCUGGAGGUUUGUGAAAUGAGGAACCUGUUUUGCUGCGCGAAGCUGGUCGUAAGCAGCGCCAUCACUCGGCAAGAGAGCCGUGGGCUUCAUUACACCAUAGAUUUUCCUCAUCUUGAGGAGAGUAAGAGGCUUCCUACCAUCAUAUUUCCUUGUUCACCCAUCAAGAGUACAUGGAGCUCAAGACAGCUUCACUGGUAGCCUGUGUAGUAGUAAGUAAUGUCUCUGCUUGUGUCAAAUCUUGUGCUAGCCUAAAUAUUUGUAUUUACAGGACUGAGUUAUAAUUCUUGUGUAGUCUCAUUAGGCUUAGGCUAAGUGCAGCAUUUAAGAGAAAGGUUCGCGUUGUUGGUAGUUCUUAUUUUCAUUCGAUGUUUCCAUGUAUAAGGUUGUUUAGUAUUAGCUGACUUAAGUUUAGUCGUGAAUGGAGGUGCCCAUGAAUAUUUUA